AUGAGAGACCUGGUCGUCUUGCUGUGUUUUCUGCCAGCUGCCCUGGCUUUUAGGUUUCAUGAGGUGUUGAACCAGCAGCCCAAAUCAAUCUUCUCUUCUCUCCCCUCAGACUGCAGCCUACCAAGCGUCCGCGGAGAGUGCGACGGCUCUUACACCCAUUACUUCUACAACAGGGAGACAGAGUCUUGUGAGCCAUUUACUUACUCAGGUUGUGACGGGAAUAGAAACAACUUCCGCAGCUUCUCCGAGUGUCGAGCAGCGUGCGUGUGCACUCUAGGAGCAGAACGUGAAAGGGCCGACGGACAGUGUACCAGGCAGUAUUACUACGAUGUCACUGAUGGUAAAUGCAGACGAUACCGUUAUAGAAGUUGCAACACUAGGGCUAACCGUUUCAAAAAAGAACAAUUCUGUGAAAGGUCGUGUCCGACUGCACGCUGCUAUCUGGGGAUGGACAGAGGAAGCACACUCUGCGGACAGCCUGACGUCCGUUACUUCUACAACAGAACGGCCGAACAGUGCCAGAAAUUUAGAUACUCCGGCUGCGUGGGUAACCUGAACAACUUCGGGACAUUGGAGGAUUGUGACAAUAGCUGCACCGAACCCAUCAGGAAAAGUGUAGGCCAGACCACGCCACACCCAGACUGCUUCCUUCCCAAAUCAAAACCUGUUUGCAAACAAACAAUUAAAAGGUUUUAUUUCAAUACUGAGACGGGUGAAUGCGAGUCAUUCAUCUACGGAGGUUGCCAUGGUAACGGGAACAAUUACAACAGUUUGGAGAAGUGUAGAAAGGUAUGCAUGCCACCACAACCGCGAGACUAGACGCGCGCGAUGGGGUUGCCUUUGUUGGGUAAGAGAUGUAGAAGCGUACACUCUAAUAGAGAUGCGUGCACAUAAUAUUCUCUUUUGUCUGUAGUUUGUCUUUUGAUUUUACGCUAGCGUUACUGAACCUCUGGUGGAAGAAAUACAUAGGUCCAUCGAUACCUCGAGAAAGGGAAGAAAGAUUGCCACAAAAUCUCCACUCACCAACCUGGCUGAAAGAAUUCAACAAGAAAGUCACAUAUAAUCAUCAGGAAGCCAUAGGAAGGAAAAGAUUAACAAUGAAGUGUCCCAUACGUCGAUUUUAUUAAGAUCUCAGAGAGUUGGCAAAUUAUGUAUUAAAUAAUAAGAUCACUAGAGCAGAAUGAGCAAAAAAUAAGUUUAGUUAUAAUAUGCAGUUUGCUACAGUUAUCUUUUUCUUCCUGGGAAACAUUCUAGUGUUGAAAAAAUUGCUCCUAUAUCGUUCUGUUUUAAUCUCAAAUAAACAUAGUAUUUUUUGUUCUA